AUGGACCGGGGGGGUGAUUCCGGUCCUCACACUAAUGCCCUGAUCGAGAAACCGUGGAGUCCAGCCGCUACGUCCAAAAUGGCGGACGCCAUGUGCGCAAGAGACAGAGACACCACCCUCCCCAUACCAGCGGUUGACACAACAUCUUCUGCCUCCAGACACUGCCAUGCAGGGAAGCGGGCCACCUAUUACCCUCCCCAGCAACCGUCCAAACCAGCGACGAUAGCGGCAGCACAGGUGGGACGGAAAUACCCCGUGAAUCGACCAUUGCCGAGAGCAGAGACCGAGCUGAUCACCAAGUGUAGUUCCCCUGCUCGAGGACGGACCUCCUACUCACCACCUGUCCAACCUGCAACAAAAUGGGCCAUGAAAACAGAUGACCAGACGCAGGCAACACCAAGUCUCCCACCACAGCGGUCCACAGCCCUGAGAGGACCAAGAGGGAUGGACACACCAGAACGCAGCUGCAGCCCCAUAGAAACCAACAAGAAACCUACAAGGCAGCAUGGCUGGACUGUGUUCUGA